UACUUACUGAUACUAAGUGUUACAUAGUCACUUACACGGGUAGAUUAAUUAUAGGAAUCCUAAUUACAUCUGAUACUGAAUACCUCUAACAUAAUGUUCAGGUAAUAACUAUUAAUAGCUCUCUGAACCCCUAAAUUAUGAGACCUCACGAUCCGUUCAUUUAAUCGGAUUCGCUUGAGAGCGCUCGCCAGUCCGACUUGAAGCCUCGGCCCGCCAAGCCGCCACCGGGGCGUUUCUUACAUCUCCAUCGAUCGUUGCCACCGCCGCUUCCUCAACCAUGCUGCUUGCCGUAGUAUUUGUUGUGGCAACCCUACUGCUGCUGGUCGCCCGCCACCAGAAGCGGACCAACGCGAUGUGCACGUCCACUGCUCGCCUCGACGGGAAGACAGCCCUCGUGACCGGGGGCACCGCAGGCAUGGGCCUCGAAAUUGCCAAAGACUUCGCCAAGCGCGGAGCUAGAGUCAUCGUCGUUUGCCCUUUCGAGAAAGAGGGCGUCAACGGAAGAAAGGAAAUCGUAGCUGCUUCAGGCAACGAGAAUGUGGUGUACCAGCAUCUGGAUCUGGCGUCUCUGAAGUCUGUGAGGAACUUCGCGCAGCAUAUCCUGGCUACUGAAGAGCGCCUGGAUAUCCUUGUCAACAAUGCGGGCGUGGGAAUCCCCGCCACUAACGAUACAGAGGAUGGACUAAACUUCAUCAUGCAGGUCAACUAUUUCGGCCAUUUCCUGCUGACGAUUUUACUCCUACCGCUUUUGAAGAAAUCCAAAGCUGGUAGGAUAGUGAAUACGGCCUCAAUUUUACACAACCUCGGGUUUAACCUUCGAGUCGAUCAUCUAAAUUCAAAUCAUUGGUCGAAAAUCUGGAUUUACGGGAAGAGCAAGUUUUGCACUAUACCGUUUUCUCGGGAACUCACGAGAAGAAUUAAAGACUCUAGUGUGGUUGUCAACAGCGUGGAUCCUGGUGCCGUGGGGACAGCUAUAUUCCACAGCGUGCCUAUUCCUUUCGCUGGAGACAUCGUGAGCUUCUUCUUCAAGCACUCGUUCAAGACUCCUCGCGAGGGCGCGCAGACCGCCAUAUACGUGGCGGUAGACGACACAGCUGGCAAGAUCAGCGGAGAACUGUUCAAGAACUGUAAGCUGACUAGAGGAGUCAAAUGGGCGUACAACGACGAGCUGGCUGCUAAGCUGUGGGAGGAAUCUGUGAAGUGUGUAAAAUUAACAAAAGAGGAACUCAAAGAAUGUUUUCAAUCUUUUGCAUAGAUCCAUAAAAUUAGAUGUAGGCCUAGUAGCGAAUUUAGUGAUGGAUUAAA